AUGGCCGACGUACCGACAAUGAAUGCUGGUGUUCCAGAGCCAUUUGAACGGCUGGGAAGCCGUCUGCAUCGGGCUGUUCAUGCCGCGCAUUUUCCACUCUAUGGCAUCUACUAUUUUGUGCGCCGACCGUUCUUCUAUCCGCUGUUCAUUGGGCGUCUGCUGCCCCUCUCCAUCAUCUCCUUUCUGGUUUAUCUCCUCCUGUUUGCCUUUGCCUUUCUUCCGCAGUUUGCGUUCCUCGCCAUCUUCCACGGCUGGGGUGCCUGGUUCAAUGCCAUCGUGCUCGUCCUGGGUGAGGGUCUGGUCAUAAUCCAGGGUCUCUUUGAGGGCUUCUUUGUCGACGAGUGCCGGGUAGACGUGUUUGAUAUAGGUUUGCAGGCCACCCUUAUCGACCAGGGCUGCAUCGGCCUGGUGGCUCCACAGCGACUGCUCACCCCGGAUGCGCCCAAUCCCGUCCGCAUGCUCGGCCAACCUACCGCCUCGGCUGCUUACCAGCCCUGGAGCAUAGUCCAGAUCGCGGAGCUGGCCGUCUGUCUGCCCCUCAACCUUAUCCCCUAUGUUGGCACGCCUGCCUUCAUCCUCAUCACCGGCACCCGCCUCGGCAAACUCUCACAGUACCGCUGGUACAAGCUGCGCGGCCUCACCCGUAAGGAGCGCCAGCGCGAAAUCCGUACCCGCAUUUGGGACUACACCUGGUUCGGCUCCGUCGCCAUGAUCCUCGAGCUGAUUCCUAUCUUCUCCUUCUUCUUCCUGCUGACAAGUGCCGCCGCCGCUGCCCUUUGGGUGGCCGAAAUGGAGAAGCGGGUCCCCAGCUUUGUCGCCUCCGACACCUCUGCUCCGACAGUUCAAGCCGCGAAUUUUGCAGAAGCCGUCCAGAGCACGUCUGUCCCUGGGAGUGAGACGGCAGCUGCCGUCCACUAUGAGGACAACUUUGUGUAG